AUUCGGACUCGCAGUCCAUCUACUUCCACUUUCCAAUUCUCUACUCUUUUCUACAACAAUCAGACACAAUUUCAUCGAUAUCAUUCCAUGGAGAACGAUUCAGCGAGCUCGAGCAAUCCGGCCCCAAGAGGGCGAGGCCGAGGGAAGUCCCGCGGCGGGCUGGGGAAAUACCUGCGCGCACGAGGGAGAGGGCGCGGUGGAGGUCGUCCAGCGCAAUUCGGUCAGCGGCUAGUGCUGGAGGGUGAGAUGCCGGAGGAGUUGGAUGAAGAAGAGGCAGCGGAGAUGCAGAAGAGGUAUGCGCGGAGGCAGCUUGGGACGAACGCAGAUAGGUAUAAGGAGCUCGAGCCAGAGCUAGACUCGGAAGGCGAGGAAAUUUUGGAACCCGAGGUCGAUUUGUCUACAUUCCUCGAGCGUCAGCGACUGUCACCACAAGAGUCCUCCGCGCCUCCACCACCCGAAGACGACCCAGAGAUAGACGCGAGCGUCGCAAACAUCCUUCCGGGACGACAAGGUGCAGCAGCUCAGUCGAAGAAGGGGAAGGUACAGCAAGUCGAGUGGGAUGAAUCGUUGGAGGAGCUGAGUAGGGAAAAGGCAGCGGCUGAGGCGAAGUGGGACUUGAAGUCACGCUUCCGUGCUUCAGCAGCAAAACAACGAGGGGCACCAGCCACAACAAGCAGAUGCAUGGGCCGGGGCAGACAGCACGUGGCCAUAUGCGCAGACCGAGUCGUAGAAGCACCACCACUUCCGACAGAGCAAAAGCCACAGAAGUCCGGGAAAGAAGACAUGGAAGAUUUCCUGGACGAUCUACUUGGAUGACGUCUGUCCUUCACAUUCUUCGUCCACUACUUCGCUCGGCUCUCGCAUGAAUCUCGCCUUUCUCUUCCUUCGGGCGGACGAUGACACAG